GGUCUCUAUAUAAAGACUGAGACGCUGCAGAACACCAAAACACGGAUCUGCCAGAACAACAGAACACCAUGAGCUCUUCAGACCCUCCAGGGAAUUCCCCCGAAACCUGUGACACUGAGAAAGAGGAGCCAUGCCUAAAUAACAUCAGUCCCACAGGAGGAGAAACAGAAAAAGAUGCGGAUGAAAAAGCAGGAAAGUCAGCUGACAUGAAACAGACUUGCCAUAAUGAAGAAAGCUCAGACAAAAGUAAAAUGAUUGAAGAACUUGAACAUACAAAAGAAUUGCCAAAUCCUGGACCAUCAGCACCUUCAGUACAGCCUCAAAAUGAAUCACAACCGGCAAGUUCUUACUGGGGUGAAUUGUGGCCCAAAGUAAAGAUCUUCCCAUUCCCCACUGGACAGACAUUUGGUGCCCAUGAAGCCAUAAUGGAAAAGGUGAAGAUUAACAAAAACUAUGGGCUAAUCCCCUGGCCAAUCUCCUGGCUAAUCUCCUGGCUGACCCCUACAGUUGAGGAAAAACAAAGUCCAGAGGAAUCUUCGGUCGUCAUUGUGUUUUGUCCAAUUACCUCACGCGUUGGGUCAGAUGUGGAAUCAGCAAUGACAAAUCCAAAAGUCUCAACACUGAAGAAACCAGUGAUUCUGGUUCUGAUGCAUCACACCAGAGAUCCUCACUAUUCAACUGCAGGAACAAAAUGGUCUGAAGUGUAUGACAACAUUACGCUGGAUGUUCAUGUUCUCUUCCAUGAGACAGUACCAGGAUUACUGACUUGUCAACAAAACGAUCAGGCAAUCGAAGCCAUUGAGAAAAAAUUAUAUGACUUCAUUAUUUGGCCUUUAUCUAAUCUCAGCGAGAGCAAUCACACCCCAUCCUAAAAUAUGUGCCUGUGAAGUAAUUGUCACAAAACUGGUAAUUAAUAAUAGUAUUAACCAGUUUUUAUACCAUAUUUAAAGCUUUGAACUGAUUGUGCAAAAGUUUUUGUAUCUUGAAUAAGUGAUUUUAAUACCAGUGAGAAAGGCCAACUGGAUCUCUGCUUGAUUUCCCUUUUAUUUGUGUUUGUUGUGAGUGCCAGGAAGCUUAGUUUUUAAAGAAGUGUAAUUAUGGGAAAAAUCUGAAUGUAGUACAAACUCUCUAAUUCCACCUGUACAAUUUCAAAAAGUAAAAUAAAGUUUGAAAUUGUUGUAAUCUUUUUAACAGCUUUGGAAUAAAACAAAAUCAUGGAGAACACCAUUCCUUCUUUUCCAUUGUAAGAGCAACUAAAGACAUUUCAAUUACUCUUGAUGUAUUUUAUUGUACAACCAAAUACCAUAAAUUAUGUAAAUAACUUAUUAGUUCAAGAGAAUUGCUGUACAUCCAUUCCAUGCAAACUGUCUUGUAUUGAGAGCUAUAUGUAAAGCCGCUUUAGUCAAAAUGAAAUAAAUGGGUACUUGGCA